AAGAAUAGAAUUUGUUCCAGCUCCAACAAGUGGUCGUGAUAUCUGAGCUGAGUUUAGUUACUGCUACGAGGCUUUGUGGACCAACUGUUUGAAUGUAGCUUUGGUUUGACAUCUCGGUGGAUUAACUGUUUGCAGGACCUGACGUGUUUUUUCGAUUUUUUUUUCUUCUUUCUUUCUCGAGAGAGGAGAAAACCAUUCACGCUUACUUGAAGAGCACAGAAGGCAAAUGGUGCUUAAACGCACAAGCGCGAUUUAGGGGAACUCAACGUUCAAGCGUUCCAGGGUCAUGAAACUUAAUCCACAGCAAUCCCCAUUAUAUGGUGAAUGUGUCAUUACUGUUCAGUUGUGUGAAGAAGAGCUCUCUAAACAUGCUGAAGAUGAUUAUGAGUUUUACCUAUUGUUUGCUGGUACAUCUCAGUGGCAUGUUUCCAGUAUGCAGAAAGUGGACUCAACCACUUUGCAAGCAGUCUCUCCAGGUCAUGACUGCUGUGAGUCAGUGAAAGUUGAGCUUUGCACCUGGAGAUCAGGCUGCCAGGCUGAGACUUUGGCAACAAACUCUUGUAGUUUUAUUCAGGACACUGCUUUUGAUGUGGCCCAAUUCCUGCUUAGUACAGAUGGCAAGAGAAGUGUAUUUGAUUCUGCAAAGUUGUUAGAAAAAUUUACCAUUGGAACAGAAGAAUGGCAAAAACUGGACAAGCAAGUAGUGCUGGCAAUGCAGCACCUCAUUCGACCAGAAGAACAAAUUAUAAUAGGAACUGAAGUACCAAGCAAUGAUUUGAAGCCCACUGAAACAUUGCUACAUUUUACAGCAAGGAAUGGACUUCUCAGACUAUCUUGGUUUCUACUACAAGACCCCUUUGUCAAGUUAGCACUUGUGCUUGAGAAUGCUGAGGGGCACACACCACUCAGUUUAGCCAGAGAGAAAGGCCACAGUCAGUUGUUGGAGUUGUUCACUAAGAACAGUGGGACAGAUUUGCACUUAUUUGAUGACCUGUCUUUAUCAUCGCCACCUGUCAAGUUACUUUCGUCCACCUAUAGAGUGAAGCAGCACCCACAACUGAACACUUUUACUCUCACCUUAGAUACAGAGAAAUGUCAACCAUUCACAAACAUUGAAAAGCACAUUCAGCAGCUUCGAGAUGUAAUAUACAAGAAUUCUUUCAAAGAGGUCUAUCUGUGUCCUUCUGCAGAGCUACAGAAUGUUGAUGAAGCCAUUCAGCAAAGUGAAAGUCAGGAUUUUUUUAACAUGAUCCCUUUUGGACUAAGAACUAACCAGAACCUGGCUGAAAAUGAUCAAGAAAAAGUAGAGCUUGAGUUUAAUCAAGCAGACCAUAAUUUUCAAACUGAUUCCAACAGUGCUUACAAUAUUGAAAUUAAUCAGGCUGAAAAUCAAAAAGCCUUAGAAUUUUCUGUUAAUUGUUGCUCAGAGAGUAGGGUGCAUACAUGUGAACAUAUGACCAAAGACUGUACAAAGGAAAAGAAAAAAGAGGUGGAAGUUGAGUUUACCAGUACUAUAGUGGAUUCUGGGAAUUCUGUGCUUGGUGAGACUGAUAAAGCAACCAUAACUGCCAUUGAUUUGACUAGUGGAAAAUAUACAGAGGAAACUGAUACAUCAUCACUGUUAUUCAGCACAGACCAGGAGAGCUUUGCUCAUGCUGAUAAGCUAAAUCAGGAAGUUGAACAGGAGCAAAUUAAUGAGAACUUGCUACAGACUGCUUUUGAUUAUGAAAUCACACAUAUGACAGAAUCAGUGAAGUAUAAAAACACAACAGACCAAAAUAUGGGACAGAUGCAAUCUGGAGAUCAUUUGUCAUCUGGCACUGGAGAGAUUUGUCAAAGUGGUGAAUUUUGUCAAAAACUGGAUCUACCUUUGGAAGACCAGUUUUUCUCGGAAAAUCCUAAUCAAAGAGAAAAUAGUGGGACUGAAAGUAUUCCUAAAAUAGCUAAUAAUUGUGACCUUCCAGGUUUACUUUAUGGUGUUUUAGAUCAAAAUGGAGAAAACCUUAUAGAAAAUAGAAGUCAUUCUACUGUGACUGAAUUUUCAGAUGUCUCUGAGAAAGAGUAUAAGGUGGACAUACCGAGUGAAUGCCAAAGGAUAGAAGGCAUGGUUGUAGAUGAGUUUAAGUGUGAUGGCUCAUGCAGAAAUGAAGAUGAUCAUUACGUCUUGAAAUCCGAGGAACAGUGUGAUAGCACUGAAUUGGGAAGAACAUAUAAGCACAUUGCUGAAAAAGACACUGAACUUCUCGCUUCAGAAAUUGUCUCACUAUCUGAAGCCUCUGAUGGCAGUUUGAAAACUGAAAUAGAGCAUGUUAGCCACUUUGAAAAGAACAAUACAAAAGAAUGUCAAUGUAUUUCCUCUGACUUGAUAGUUGCUGUCAGAGAGGGUGAUAUAAUUAAAGAAACAGAAGCAUAUAGUUCCUCUCAAACUGUAAAUAAUUCACAGCCCACGUUACAAGAGAAAGAAGUAAACUUGGAAAACACUAGAAAUGUAUCAGAGCCUAAUAUACUCCAAACGUCAAUAAAAGAGGGGCACUGCACUAUGGAUGUCUUUUCAGAAUUUGCAACUGUGCUUGAUGCUGAAGAUGUGAUAAAAGCUAUACUAGAGAGCAGCCCUGUACACACACCAAUAAAUACCACCCAUGUGGUUGAUCCUGAUGAUGUGAGGAAGGCUAUACUAGAGAACAGUCCUGUACACACAGCAAUAGAUGCCACACAUGUGGUUGAUGCUGAUGAUGUGAGGAAGGCUAUACUAGAGAACAGUCCUGUUCACACAGCAAUAGAUGCCGCACAUUCCAUUCAAGAUCCUAUGUGUUGUUUGCCCAUUGAGAACGUUAAAUGUCUAGCUACUUGUCCUGUGGACUGUAAUUUGUUUGUUCCACAUCUUGAUGCAUUGACAGAUUAUUGUGCUUUACCACCUGGAAAAGAUGUUGAAGAGAAAAUUAGUGCUUCUGUAGAAGAAAAUGAAAAGGUUAUGCUUAAAAAUAAUAUACAGACAGUACAGUUCAAAGCUGCUUUUUGUCAGAUUUGUGCAACCAAACCAGAUGGGAUACAAGACAGUAAAGCUGCUGUGUCAGCAGUGGAAUGCAUUGGCGAAGAAGAGAAACCAUUGCAUGAUAAGGACAAUCCAGGUGCAGCUUUAGUUUCAAGUUUUGACUGUGCAAAAAAUUCCACAGAAUGUAAUUGUCAAGGAAUUAUACAAAAUGGCAUGUUUGAUGCUGCAGUUGCCUCUUUGCCUGAUGCUGGAAUUAUUGCAGAUGAAAGCUGUUUGGGCCAAAAGAUUUCUUAUUCAGAAAACCUUGUGUGUUGUAAAGAGACAGUAUUUGAUGACAGUGUUGCUAGUCUCUUUAUGACAGAAGAUUCAGCUGUGGCUGAUAUGAAACUAGAAAGUUUUGAACAGUCAGCAACAGGCUUAUCUUCCAAAAUAUUUCUGAGUGAGAAUGUUCAGGAGGACUCUGGCGGAUUUGAUCUGAAAUUAGAGAUGGAUUCUGUCCAGUGCACUGACAAUGAAGCAUUGAUUAAAUAUUGUGAGGCUUUAUCUACAUAUGGAACAUAUGUCUUACGUGCUUUACAAGAGGAGAAAACAGUAGACCAGCAGGAAAAUAUGGAUGAGUGUGGAAUGAAAAACGAGGCUGAACUUGAGAAUGCUGUGCUCAAUGAAACUAGUUCUGAAGAAGCUGAUAUUCCCAUGAUUACUGAAUCUGAUAUCUUAAGAUCUGUGCAGGGUGAAAAGGUAGAUGACUUUUUUCAGGAUGAGAUAGUUGAAAAUAGUUUGAAAUGUCAAGUAGAAAAACAUAUGGGAAAAGAGGAAGGAGAACUGUUGGCUGGAUGCAUUGAGAAUUCUGCAGAUACAUGCAAAAUACCAACUGCAUUUGUUGUGGAACGGUUGCAGUUUGCUGAUAAUAAUGUGGCUGAGCCUAAUUUGAAACCCCAGACUGAUUUUGUACAAAAUACUGCUAGUGACCAUGUAGCUAGAGAAAAUGAAACUGAACACGUACUGGACACUGCUAUACUCCACCCGGAUAAGAGGGAGGAGUUUUUCUCUUCAGAUACAAAGAUAGAAUUAUUGUACAGUUGUAAUAUAGAACAUGAAGAUAAUCAUAAUGUAUCGCUGGAUAAAGACUUUUCCCUGCCCAGUAAACAAAUGCUUACAGAGCAGCCUGCUUUGCAGUCAGAGACUAAAGAAAUCGCACCAUUUAUCUGUGAUGAUUUGCCUUUAGCUGUUGCACUGAAUGAUGCCACCAAUCACUUAAACAGCAGUCAAACUGUCAUAAACACUGAAGGCUUAGUUGAAAAUGCCAUCGUCAAUGAAGUUAUAAGUCAAAGACUUUCAUUGAAAGAGUUAUCUCAUGAAGGUUCAGAAAGUGUUUGUACCAAAUCUGACUGCAGCAUUGCUGAGGAGAUGACAUCUACAAAGCCUGAUACAGGAUUUGCAUCAUUGGAUUUGGAUUCUGCUCUCAUGGGUGACUGCAUUACUGAUGUCAGAUUACUAAAUGGUGCAAAUGUUUCCUUGGAUUUGCAAGAAAUCUCCAACAAGACAGUGUGCUCAAAUAUAGAGAUGAAAGGGAGCAAUGACACCUUGGGCUUUCCUUCACCUGAAGGAGAGAACUCAAAGCCGAGAACAGGGGAUGAAGUGGAUAUUGCAGAAAUGUCAUCUCUUGGAGAGGAAAAUGGAUCAUGUGGUGAAGCAAUGAUUCAGAGAGACAAGGACAACUUUUAUCUGGACUCAGAGUCUGCCCUCUUGGAUCAAACUCACAGUUUGGAAUGCCCAGGAUAUCCUGAUUCCCAUGAUAUUCAAUUACCGGUGACAAGUCCUACAACUCCUGGGGUGUCACCAGUUCAUCGAGAGUCAGGCAGUGAUGGAGAUGUGUUUGCAAGCAGUGACCCAGGGGACGAUAAUGUUUUUACAAAGCAAGAUACUCAAGGUCUGGUUGGGGACUGUACCAGUGAGGUGUUAGUGUCCUGCUCUUCUACAGAUGAGUCAGUAAAUACGGGUCCACCUACAUCCACCCCUGAGAGAAGAUCUGAAGUUUGGAAUUGGAAUGCAGAAGAUGUACAGAGUAGCAAGGAAGCAGGAUCCAAAGAAGAAAAACAUCAGCGUGAAACAGAGGAAGAGGAGAAAGACCGGCUAACAGAAGUACCACCUUUGCGCUCCUCUAUGUUGCGCUCUUCUAUUCGCUCUCUUUCACCGUUCCGGCGACAUAGCUGGGGCCCUGGCAAGAAUAUGGGCACAGAUAGUGAGAUGAAUCAACGCAGUUCUUUGCGAGUUCUGGGGGAUAUAAGGAAGGCUUCAAUUCAUAGAAGAAGUAUGAGCUGGUGUCCCUCUGAUGUCCAAUUCCUUCCAGUCACUGAUGAAAUUAGUAGCAGAAGUUACAGCCUAGAAGGACUUACUGCAGAGGCUGAACCAGCAAAGGACUCUUCUGUUCUUGGUGGCUUGCAACAGCAUGAACGAGAUACUGAAAGGGUGCUCAUGACAGAGAAUGAGGAAAGGGGUUCCCUUAUUUCAUUAACCGAAGAAGAGCAGGAGUCAGAACUUGGAGAAAAUAGCAGCCUUGAUAGCCAGAAAUCUGAACAACUUCCAUCUUUUGAAACACAGAUCCCGCACAGACUUACAAAAUCUGUGUCUCUUUAUACUAUCAACCAGUCAGGCCUAGACUCCCAAGGAAGGAUUCAACAAAAGAGAAGAAUUUCCUUUUCCUUCAGCAUUUCUCCUCUCAACCCUAUAACUAAAACAGUCUUUUCUAUUGGCUCUUCCUCCAGUGAUGAGGAGGUGUCAGAUUGUGUGAAGCCACCUUUAAGUAACUCAAGUUCCUUAACUCACAGUAUUUGUGAAGAAAGCUUUCAACCCUCCUCCCUGAGAAAGGACUCUGAUGGAAAAAGUGGAACGAAAGUUAGCCGCACAUUCAGCUACCUCAAGAGCAAAAUGUAUAGUAGUAAAAAGAACAAGGAAAAAGACAAAGAAAAAAUAAAAGAAAAAGAUGUCAAGGAGAAAGAAAAAGAUAAAAAAGUCAUAAAUGGACAUCUCUUCAGUGCAGCAACCACUUGUGUUCCCACUCUGUGCUACCAAUGCAGCAAAGCCUUAACUACAAAAGAAAUCUACUUUUGUUCAAAUUGCAGUGUGUACAUACACAAAAGCUGCCGAGAUGCUCUUCCAGUCUGUGCCAAGGUCAAAAUGAAGCAACAGAAGCAACAAUUCAUAGUACCUGAUUCAUCCUCCAUGCCUGAAGUGACAAUGAGAACCAGAUCUACUCUCCCCAGAGAGCGUCCAAGGUCAGCCAUUUUGAUUCCCGAAGAGCAGCAGAGAAUUUCCAGUUGCAGGAGAGCCACAGGGAUCAUGCCUUUCACCACUAGCAAUCUUUCUAAGAGUGUGUCCAUUAGCAACAUAACAGCCAGGGCACUUGAGGACAUGCCAUUGAAGAGGUACCUUUCACAGUCAACAGAUUCUCUCAACAAAACUAAUAAAGCUAACAUGUCCACAGAGUCUCUCGUGGAUGAAGGAGCUGAGAUGGACUGUCACCUCAUGGGGGAAUUUGAAGUUGAGGCCAAGGAGCUCGAGGCAGACUCAUGGAGUUUGACAGUUGAUAAAAAGCUGCUUAAACAACUCAAAAAAGAUGUGAUUAAACGACAGGAUGUUAUUUAUGAACUUAUUCAGACUGAAAUGCAUCAUGUGCGAACACUGAAAAUAAUGUCGGACGUUUACAGCAAGGGAUUACUGAAAGAGGCACUUUUAGACUCUCGGACGGUGGAGAAGAUGUUCCCCGUGUUAGAGGAUCUCUUAGAAAUCCAUACUCAGUUUUUCAGCUGCAUUCUAGAAAGAAAACGUGAGGCGCAAAAGCAGAUGAAGAAUGAAGUGAAAGAAGGAGGAUUUGUCAUUUACAGAAUCGGUGACAUACUUGUUGAUCAGUUUUCAGAAGCAAAAUCAGAGCGCAUGAAGAAGAUAUAUGGUAAAUUCUGUGGCCGUCACAAUGAAGCAGUGAAUUACUACAAAGAACUAAAUGCCAAAGAGAAGGCCUUUCAGACGUUCAUUCAGAAAAAAAUGAGCAGUGCUGUAGUCCGGAGGCUGGGUAUUCCUGAAUGUAUAUUAUUAGUAACCCAGAGAAUAACAAAAUACCCUGUAAUUCUGCAACGAAUACUUCAGUACACCAAAGAGAAUGAGGAAGAUCACAAAGACCUCACACAGGCACUCAUUUUAGUAAAAGAUGUUAUUGCAGCGGUGGACAGCAAAGUAAAUGAAUAUGAAAAGAAAAAGAGACUUCUGGAGAUUUACAAUCGUACUGAAAACAAGUCCAUCAUGAGAAUGAAGAGUGGUCAAAUGUUUGCUAGAGAAGAUCUCAGACGUAAGAAACUUUUACAUGAUGGGCAGCUCCAGCUGAAGAGCUUGACAGGAAGAAUGAAAGAUGUCUUAGCGCUCCUGUUCACAGAUGUUUUUGUCUUUCUUCAAGAAAAAGACCAGAAAUACGUGUUUGCAUCUCUUGAUCAGCGUUCAACUGUAAUCUCAUUACAAAAACUCAUUGUCCGGGAAGUGGCGAACGAGGAGAAAGGGCUAUUUUUAAUCACUGCUGGCAUUCAAAACCCAGAGAUGGUGGAGGUCCAUGCAAGCUCCAAGGAGGAACGCAAUAAUUGGAUUCAGCUAAUUACUGACGCUAUGCAGUCCACAGUCAAAGAUGAAGAUGAAGGAUUACCAAGUGAAUCAGAAGAGGAAAAACGAGCUUUGGAAUCAAAAGCAAGAGAAAUGAGAGAACAGCUACAUUUGAAAGAUCAACAAAUAGUUACUCUUUUGGAGGAAAAGGUCAAACUUUUCCGGGAAAUAAGUGUGCAAGAUGAUGGAGCGUCAAGAACAGCAGCAAAAUCCAUGUUCCGGGCAAGCACUGAAGAUGUUCAAAAAGGGGAGAAUGUAAUGAAAGAAGCCUUAAAGGAAGUGGAAACCUUACAAUCCUUGGUAAACACGAAUCUCAGCACCACAGCUGGCCUGCAAACUUCCAGCAGUUUGGAAAUGGAGAGUGGAAUAGGACCAGUCUCACUUCCUAGGAGGGCAGAGACCUUUGGGGGCUUUGACAGUCACCAGAUGAACUCCUCCAAAAAUGGAGAAAAAGAAGAAACCGAUGAUGUAUCAGAUCUCAGGAGGACUGAAUCAGAUAGUGUUUUAAAAAAGGAUGGGAGUGGCAAUUUAUUGUUCAUGUUUAAAAGAAACCAUGAGCAUGUCCUCCGUAGUGUUACACAUCUCCACGAGCUUCUCACAAAUUUACAGGCUGUGGUGGUACAGCAGGACACAUACAUUGAAGAUCAACGUCAGUUAAGCGAGCGUCCCAGCUCACGUAGCUCCAUGCGUCCCAACUCUCUGAUUGAGCAGGAGAAGCAGCGCAGCCUUGAAAAGCAAAGACAAGAACUGGCCAACUUGCAUCGUCUUCAAAUGGCAAGUGCCGAGGAGAGAAAGAAAAAGGAGCGCGAAUUUGAGGUGAAACAGCAAGAGCUGAAAGAGAGCGAGGAGCGGAUUUGUGAACGUGAAGAGGCCAUCAGGCAAGAGAAGGCUGGACUGGAACGUGACAAAGAGGAACUGCAAAAUAAAAAGGAGGAGUAUCAAAAGGACCUCGAGAGGCUGAGGGCAGCCCAGCAAAAGCUAGAAAAGGAAAGAGAUCUGUUUGAGGCGGAAAAGAAAGAGCAUUCUAAAUUAGCAGAGGUAUGUGAAUUCAAAAAGGUUACACUUGAGGAAACGCUCUACUACAGUGAUCAGAGCUUAAGAUCACCAUCCAGUGCCUCGGACGACUCCAUCAAAUUUCCUAGCAGCAGUUCUCUUAACCAGGAUUACCCAGAAUGUGAACUUUCAGUGUCUCCUAAAAAAGAUCCUUUAUCAAGGACCGAUUCCAGACAGAAAGGGAAACAUUUAAAUCCCUUCAGCCAUAAAUCACAGGGCAGUGAAUCUCACAACCAGAUACCCAACCGGCUGCUUCAGCUUGGGAAAUCCAAGGAAAAGAAAGAGAAGAAGAAAAAGAAAAGCAAAGAUUCCCAGCAGGCUUCCAUCUCUGAAACACCAGCCGAAGGAGAGGAGAUCUUCUGUUGACCAUUCUGGCUUCUCAGUUCUGCCAAGGUGCUCGUCUUCUCUGUUCAGGAUCAACUUGUCCACUGCCAGAGAAAGUACCCAUCACACAAAACCGUAUCGUGGAAAAAGGAGGAUCAGAUGUUGUCAGUUCAUUGACAACGGUCAUGGCCUUGAAGAGUGGGGUAAAUACAGACAGAGAGAAUGUAAAAA